AUGGCAACUCCGAAGCUCCUUCUAUGGGGGGACGUGGAUGCCGCAUUCCUAGACUUCGAGGAACAGAUCUGGAGAAUGGCCACGUGCCGGUUCCCGUGCCGGUUGGGCAUGCAGCAGGUUUUGGACAUAUUCGCCAGCAUGCCAGAGUUGGAGAUUCCAAUCCCUAUGAUGGGUGAACCCGGAUUCCCCAAAUUGUGGGCGCUCUCUCGGCUAUGGUUUCAAAUCAAGAUUUACCAAACAGUGCCGAAGGAGGGGAUGCAAUCCUUGCACAACGAUAUACUGCGCUCUCUCGUGCGGUCUCCCUGGGAUUGCAAGGAUAGUACCCAUCAUCCCGUUGACCUCCUGAUGGGCGACGAGGAGACAUUCAUGUACGGGAAGGGGGACUUCGACUCGUCCUGGGGCGCUGCCAGUAGGUCGAUCCUGCAGGCCUUUGGGAAGGCGGCCGAGGCACAGGAGGGCCCUCCUGAUGUGCUCCAGGGACUCGAGAUCGGCCAUACUCCUCCGAACGCCCUCGCCGCAGAUACCGUUCAUCGCGAGCUCUCCGAAAAGGCCUGGCUGGAGCUGCACGAGCGGCUCGAAAGCAGGGCGAAGAAGUGCGCCGCAAGGGCGGAGCAGGUCGCGGUGCGCGCGCGGGCGCAGCUGGAACUGACGAAGCUUGACAGGGUGCAGGACGACCUGCAGGAACUCGCGGCCGCGGGCCAUGUCGUGAACAUGCAGCGGCAGCUCAUAGAUGUGAUGGAAGCGCAGCGCCAGCAGCAGCAGCAGCAGCAGCAGCAGCAGCAGCAGCAGUCCAUGCCAGACCAAGGCCAGGCCUUGGCCUCGGAGCGGGAAAUCACGGCCGCUCGGGAUAGGCUGUCCGCCGCCCGACAGCAGGAGCUGGCCGCCCACAAGAAGCGAAUGCUGGCCGCCGCUAGGUGGCCGCAGCCCGACGGCACAGACGCUGCUGCCGCCGCCGCCGCCGCCGCCGCCGAGGUCGGCGAGACGUGCAACUUCGCCAUGGUACAGCGGUGGAUUCGGUCAGACAGGACCAGCCCCCCGCCAACGAUCUACUGCCCCAUCUGCAGGGAGGCCGAAUUCACCCUUGCCCGUCUUAGGCCGGCCGGCUUCGCUCCCCCGGCGGACGUCGGCCCCGAGAGUGGCACAGUGUUGAAAGGCUGCGGGCACAUCCUGGGUAGCAAUUGUUUCCGCGACAUGCAGGAACACAGCGACAGCGAGACAGACGAUGGCUUUCCCUGUCCCAUAUGCCGCGUGAGAUCGAUCCCCGGGGAGUGCACGUCGCUAGAUAUUUCCGUUUUCCAGGAGUUUCUCAAGCUCGCGGUGCAGGAGCGGGAAAUGAUGGAUUGGCCCGUCCACCUUCAACUCUAUCCCAUUAUGACAUGUCACUGCUGUAGCGCAGGUGUCGAGGACCCGGACGCAGACAAGGCCUGGCAAAAAGCCAUCCCGCCCGAGGUGUGGAUCCCGGUCCCCGCGAGCUACAACGACGUUCUCGUCGACGCCAGGGUCAGGAACCACGUGGGUUGGGUCUACUACCAGCGCUACGUCACCGUCCCCAGGUGGUUUGACGGCCAGGGGUACUUUCUCCGCCUCGACGCCGCGACGUACCACGGGCGCGUCUACGUCGACGACGGUUUGACGCCAAAUCAGCGUUUCAGAUGGCGGCAGGGUGCGGGUAACGCUUCUCGACGAACAGGACGUCACGGUUGGCUGCGGGCAGAGAUAGUGGCGGACGGGGACGAGGUUCUAGAUUCGUACGACGUGUCGGUCGAGAUCCGGUCAGUCAAGAUAGCCGGCAACAAGUUUCUCAUCAACGGCGAGCCCUUUCAUUUCACCGGUUUCGGCAAACACGAGGACAGCCCGAUCCGCGGCAAGGGCCACGACCCGUCGUGCAUGGUGCACAACUUCGGGUUCAUGCGGUCCAUGGGCGCCAACUCCGAUCCCCGACCCGACUCCCGGGCAAGGAGGUCUACAUGGCUGGGCGCUGGUUGGAUUCGCUUCUUUGCUUGCGUGCCUUCCAUCACCGUCGCAUUUUACGUGGCCCCACCCCCGCUCGAACCCGGCUGGGCUCUUGGCCGCCGCAAAUCAUGCGGGGAUGCGUUUAUCGCACGUUUCAAUCCGUAG